AAGAUGAAAGAAUUGCUUCUAAUGUGUGCCUUCAUCUUAGUUGGUUUGGCAAUGAAUUCUUUGGCUUAUGAUUAUUCGGCCUGCAUUGAGUGCUUACCAAACCCCCAAGAACCUCAGUAUGGUGGAGGAAUCAUCAGAAACCCUCAACUUGAUGAAGGACUGCAAGGGUGGUCUCCACUUGGGGAAGCCAAAAUUGAUCACAGAGAAUCCAGAGGCAAUAAAUACCUUGUGGCUCACAGCAGAAAUCAACCCAAUGACAGUGUUUCCCAGAAACUCUAUCUAGAACAGGACAAUCUCUACAUAAUCUCUGCUUGGCUACAAGUGAAUGUUGAUGAUGAUGUUCUGGUAACAGCAGUGUUCAAAACAGAAAAUGGGUUGAAACAUUCUGGUGCUGCCAUUGUGAAGUCUAACUGUUGGUCCAUGCUCAAGGGUGGUCUCACAGCGGAAGCAUCAGGCCCUGCUGAACUAUAUUUUGAGAGCAACAAUACAUCUGUAGAAAUAUGGGUUGACAGUGUCUCAUUACAACCAUUCACCAAAGAGCAAUGGAAGUCUCACCAAUAUCAGAGCAUGGAGCAGACCCGUAAAAGAAAGGUGCAAUUGCAAGCAGUUAACGAACAAGGAAAACCAUUAGCAAACUCCGAGAUAAACAUCAAACAGAAGUCAUCGAGCAUCCCAGUUGGUUGUACCAUAAACCCAAAUAUCCUCACCAACCUUGCCUAUCAAAACUGGUACCUUCCAAGGUUCAAAUACGCCACCUUAGAAGACCAAAUGAAAUGGUACGUGAACGAGCCAGUACAGGGAAAAGAGGAUUAUUCAGAUGCUGAUGCCUUGAUUCAGUUUGCACAACAACAUGGGAUCUCAGUUCGUGGCCAUAACGUUCACUGGGACAACCCUUCUCUCCAACCUAAUUGGGUCCAUUCACUCUCUCCAACACAACUUAGUGAAGCAGUGGCAAGAAGGCAGAGAUCAAUCAUGACAAGGUACAAGAACAAGGUGAUUUCUUGGGAUGUUGUGAACGAAAAUGUUCACUUUUCUUUCUUUGAAAGCAUACUUGGGGGUAAUGCGUCAGCCAAUAUUUAUAAAGUUGCUCAUGAUCUUGACCCAAUGGCGAUACCGUUCAUGAACGAUUUUGGUACCAUUGAGGAUACAAAAGAUAUGGUAGCAACACCAGUAAAGUACAUUCAGAGGCUUAAAGAGAUACAAAGCUUCCCAGGUUACAGCGGAUGGCCUAUUGGAAUAGGACUUGAGGGCCAUUUCAGUAAUCUUGACAUGGCUUACAUGAGAGCUUCCCUUGACAUGCUAGGUGCCUCAGGGAUGCCUAUUUGGCUCACAGAAGUGGAUGUUAAUAGCCAACCCAACCAGGCUCAGUUCCUUGAUGAGAUUCUGAGGGAGGCUUUAUCUCAUCCAAAGGUUCAAGGGAUCAUAAUAUGGGCAGCAUGGAAGCCUGAGGGAUGUUACAGAAUGUGCUUAACAGAUAACAAUUUCAAGAACUUGCCCACAGGAGAUGUGGUGGAUAAGAUUCUCAAAGAGAUUGGCUCAAACAGGCUAAGAGGCAAAACAGAUGCCAAUGGGUUAUAUGAAGCCUCCCUCUUCCAUGGAGAUUAUGAAGUGGAAAUCACUCACUCAAGCUUGCCUAAUUCCACCAUUGCUCACCAUUUCAGGGUCGUCCCAAAUGAUGACCUUAACAUCACUAAGAUGCUUCUAAAAGCUGAUAUGUAAUGUAAUCUACCUUUAGCUCUGAGUGACAUGGCAUAUUGUUGCAUAUAUAAUUAAUAAGCUCUGUAAAGUUAUAUCAUAUCAAUAAUCAAUGAUGGCUUCUAAGGU